AUGCGGGGCCCACCGACGCUGUGGCCGGCCGUACCGCCCCUAUUGUUUCUGAUUUUCUUCAUAGCUAAGCCUAUAACGGCAGCUGUUGAUUUCCAAAAAUGCUGCACCCUCGUUCCCGUCUCCGAGGAGCUUGGACCACUUCAGUGGGACGCCUGUCAUUCCUCUUACAACUCUUCCGAGACCGAUCCUGAUAAGAAAUGGGCUCCGGAGAUUGCGACUACCUAUUCCUGGUGCCAUAAGGUCUGCGAAGCAAGCGGUGACUUUGAAGUAAGCGAUACUAGUCAAUGGCUGUCACCGUUAGCAGCAUGGGUUAUCCCCGCCUCGGCACUUCUGUUCCUACUACCCAUUUCCGAACAUCUCAAAAGCAGCGAACAAUACUUCCGACGGUCAAAGAAGGAGAAACAAUGGGACAAGUAUGUUGCUAAUUGGUGGUUUCCCCUUGUGGAAUAUAUUCAGAUAUUGGGGGAUCCUGCCAGCGCGUUUAACGGGGCACUGGCGGAGAUGAUUGCCGACUGGACACUCUGUUUAUCAAUGCAAAAGCCGCUCAAUGGGAAGAGGGAACGGAACCUUAUUCUUAUUGUCAUCCUAGCAGAGCAGGCAGACUUUUGGAAUGUUCCGGCGAGGAACACCAUUGAAUUGGUGGCCGGGUCCAGUCGUGCGAGAGAGUACACGCGGAGUGCGGGGCGAGUCAUCUGGAGCGCUAGAAAGAAAUUUAAUACAUCCGUGGUCUUACCCAUUGCGCUAUAUAUUGGCGUUGCAGCCGCAGUUUUCUAUGACGCCUAUCAGAAACUUGGUGAUAAUAGUACCUCGUAAGUUUCCUUCAGGUGGAAUGCUCAUUGUGGUGGCAUACAUACUAAUCCAACAUACAUUACAGACACAGUCUAGCGUAAGUCCCACCUUUCCUAACCCUUUUAUGAGGUGUUGCAUAUCCUAAACCUGACAGUUAUGGCGUUUGGUACAAUUGGAUCCUAUUGCUCUCGGUCUUCGCCAAUUGCUUUGCUUCACACUCGAACCUCGAUGCAGUUCGCAGUGGCAUGGAAAUAAUCCUACGUGGAGUAAUUGAGAAUCACACCAUCGCCCAAUUAUCAAAGGUUGGGUGGGAUAACCAGGCAGCCCAAACACUAGAUCAAUCCUACUACACCGCGAUAAAGUCCCUGUCACCAUACCCGGCGCCGCAUCCCCCGAUGCUUCUCAACCCGAGAGAUCUCUUCGCGGGAAACCUGGAGUGCAAGGGAGUGCCGUUACAUAAAAGAUAUCGAAACACCCGAAACUGGGUUCGAUGGCUCCAUAAGAAUGGAGUCGACAUUGCACGGCCAACCGAGGGAAUCUGGAGUUAUCAUAUAUUCUGGCCGGAUUGGUACUCAAGGCAUCAUCCAACGGUUUGCCACACCUUCCCGCAUAGUUCUAUUAACCCCACUAACAGAGCUCAACCUACGCUAGGCGAUGUAUCUUAUCACACAACUGCUCUCCUGGUUCUUCGUCCUCUUUUCCUGUGCAUGCGCUGCGAUCCGUUCGUCUCCCACUCCUCGCAAAAUUACUGCCAAAAUAUCUAACGAUCUCCAUCCUUGACCAGUUUCUUACACCACCCCAAAAGUAAGUCUCGGAUGCCGCUCAAUCAACCACGUCCUCUACGCCUCAAUAGCGCUCCUCAACGCAAUGAUCCGCGUCGCCAAAGACACCCUGGAAGAGUCCGAAUAUAUCCGAACGUAUCAGGUCGUAACAGUUAUCUAUCAUAUAAUGGGCUGCCUCAACGCCGUCCUCGUCCUAAUCGGGGGCUCCCUCCUUCAGAUAACGGGAGUCUUCCGGAACUGUUGGUGCAUGUCCGGUAUCGUCGGGCAGAAUCCAGACUCAAGAAUUAUCCUGAGUUCGAAUACGUACGCACAUCAAUACUGGGCCAGGACGCUAUGGCUAAGGGUUGCCUAUCUAGCAUACGGAGAGGUUGCAGGGUUUUGCGUUGUCGCGUUGUUCAUCCGGCUUUAUGUUGCACAUACCGUUCGGAAGUCGUUGGCUUAGGACAGAGUACGAUCUCUUUGGCGAUCGUUGUAUAUGCCUCGUGGUUGUGCUAUAGAUGGUGGGGGGUUUACAGGCCUGGAUCCUUGCGAUCUUGGGUAUUGAAUUUGGAAUAUAUAUACUAAAUAAUCAAGGGUAUGUAUCGUACCCUC